CUGUAACGCUUGCGUGGAAGCCCGGCUGACUUUUUGUUUAUGUUUAAAAUGCAAUCAGCAGCGUAACAUUUUUAUUCAGUAAAGUCACGACUAGCCUUAUUUGAAUCGAUUUGAACGUCAGUUUACGUGGCUAUGAAGGGUAGUUACUAAGAUUUUCCAGAGGCAAGUCUUACCAGUGGCUGAAGUUACCGUUUUUGAUCGAGUCUUCCUGUUCAUCUGAUAAUGUUUUCUUUGAAGACUAUGAUGGCCUCGAAGGCUACCAAGCAGACUUCAACUGCAGCAUCCAAGAUAAAAAAUAAGCUUCUCAAUACCUCGUCCUUCUUCAAGGUCUCUUUGAAGACCAACAACAAAGCCUUAGCUCUGGCCUUGCAAGCUCAGAGGAGGAGAAGCAGCCAGCUGGAGAUGGAGGUCAUGUACCUGCAGAAACAAGUGGACGCUCUCUGCUUUGAAUUAGCCACCAAGAAAUACAAGCACAGAAAACUGCUCCUUAUCUUGAACAACUUCCGUAGUAAUGCUUUGCAGCACCUGGACAUGGUGGCAGACCUGUUCUCUGACAGCGAUUCUCAGAGACUUUCAGGAGAUUCCCGGAUCUCGUCUGGUGACAUCAGAAGGGAAAAUCUUGCAGCUGGAAGUCAGUUACCGCUGCAGACAGAUGUUUCAAGGAAUUUGUGGUGUACCAGCAAAAUCACAACAUCUGCCCUGCUUGAAAAAACCAUCAACGAGGACGUCUCCACUUUUCCGAAUACGUGUGAAAAGUCGACUGAUGUUUGCAACGAUAACACAGAAGCUGAAAAAAGGCUGUCCACCCAGUGUGCACAGGCUGCCCACAUAGAAGCGUCUGGCAUGGCCAAUACUCCGAGGGAAGAUGUGGAGAAUCCCUCUCAGUCCCAGGCUGAUAUUCAUUCCGUCGUCUCUGUUCAGAACAGUCAGAUUUGUGAAAAAUCCACACCAUCCAUUUCUGGAGAUCAGAAUCUUCCCAGUGUCUCCACCAUGGAAAGUGAAACACAGCUUGGCAGAAAUCAAGAGAAAACAGUUUUGCUCAAUGCAACCAUGGAGAUGACCUUAAGUGAAGCCACUGAGAUAGUCACUGUGGAAACCAAAGCGAAAAAAAAAGUCAGCUCUGGCAGAAAGGACAAGGAGCAAAGCUGCAGCUCAAGUAUAGAAGUGCAGAAGUCUGCAUCUUUGUUACAAGCACAUAAAAAGCCGCUGAAGGAUCAAAGUACUGCCACUGUCACUCGCAUUCCUAAACUGGGCAAGCAUCAGAAAGUAUCAAAGGAUAAAGUCAAAUCUUCUGACCGCACUAACAUCUCAAAUGUAGACCAAAUGGAUGUGGAAGAUUACUUCUCUGAUCCUAAAAUUAGGUUUUCAAGCACCAGCAGAAGUGUGGCUGAAGAAACAAGUUCCAAAAUAACAUGCAGGAAGUCCAGAGCUAAAGGAAAGUGGGCCUCUUCAGUAACCAGGAAAAGUUUAUUCACUGUGCCGUCUGGUGAAAGUGAGGGCAGCCAAUCCCACCAGGAGAAAGUCCAAAAACCUAAAGUGGGAGACGAAAGCUUACAGUCUCAAGUCUCUGAGGACGCUCUGCUUUGUGCACAACCAGAGUCAGAGCAUGCGGAGCGUCUGUCCUUUAGCAAAACUAAUACUGUGACUAAUUCUAGGGGAGGUCACAAAUCAAGAUGCAGGGAGACAUUUGUUAUCUCAAUAACCGGCGACAGUGACUCACCAGAGCAUGAUGUGGCGCCUCCUACAGGAUCCAGCUUUCAGGCAGAAGAAGCAGUCAUGAGGAAAAGCGUUGUUGGACGUUUAGAAUCAAGCAAUCGUUCAAAGACUCGGCGCUCUGGGAAGCGAUCCUGGGUGGCCACUCAGGACUCUGGGAACUGUCAAGAAGACUCAAGUAGCGGUGACAGUGGUGAAGCACUGCCACUGGACUGGCAGGCGGCUUUAGGAUCACAGUUUCAAAAACCUAAAAAAUCCAGGAGAGACAAAACAGGGCAGCCCAGCAGGAACAAAGUGGUGCAGCGAGAAGAGGGUGAUGACUUGUUAGAUGACAAGACGAAGAAAAAAGACAACAAAGACUUAAGAUCUGAGAGUGAAACAUGUUAUCUUCCUGACCCUAGAGACGCCUCCGCUCUCUGCCUUGAUUCUGAAAUUGCUAAAGAUCAAUUACAUGAUUUACAAAUGCUCGACUCACAGUCUGUCAUCAGCGAAAAGCAUGAAAUCUUUGAACAUCUGAAUGAUUCGCAGUCCAGGAGGGAUUCGAGUCCCACAUCAUCUAGAAAUGUAUUCAUGCUGAACACAGCCACGGAAACCAGAUAUCCCAGGAAGACUUUUGUUGUCUACAGACGAAAAACUAAGAACAGAAGUGGAUGUAGUUCUGAAAACAUCACCAGGAUGUCGAAUGCAUUGGACACCUGCAGUCACACGGUGGACACCAGCGACCAGGCAGUUCAUCAGAAUGUGGGCGACCUGCUGAUGGAUGAGCUGCCGCCCUGGCUGGACGUGGAUAACAGCACAGCUCACUUCGAUGUGGACUUUCUACCCGCCACUCCAAGCAGGGAAACACCAGGCAGGCUCGCGACAAUUGGAACGGCUGAAGCCUCUCCAGGCAGAGUCUUAUCGACAGUAACCAACACUUUGACAACACCAGACUGUGAAAAUGGAGAGAGAAGCAGGAGACGGAGACCUGGGAAGGGUGCCGUGAGUUACAAGGAGCCGCCUCUCAACAGCAAAAUAAGGCGUGGAGAUAAAUUCACUGACACCACAUUCCUGAGUUCUCCUGUGUUUAAGGAUGGCCGGAAGAAGAAGAAGAAGAUGACGACGACUGCCAAAUGAUAAUUUGUCUUUUU